UAUCUGGUAUAUCUAUUUUAUUCAAUUUCUUAAUCCUAUACGAGCAGUAUUUGUCAAAGAAACCGUAUUUAUAGAUCCAAACUAAAUUUUAAUAUUACCAACUUGAAAGAUCAAGCAGAGAUAAUUCGAAAAGUUAAUUCUUGAUGUUUACAGUAUGAAGAUAUAUAGUAGCCUUCUAACGUUACUUAUAUCUUGUAUUGGUAUAUUACAAGUUGUAUAUGUUACAGCUGAAAGACCAAAAAUUAAUUUUAAUGGGCUGUCUCAAAUUCUUAUACCGGGACAAUAUAAUGGUAUAUCAGAAUAUAGCAGUGCAAGUCAAAAAGAAAUUUUUGACAGUGCAAGUGAUUCUUUUAUAACACAGUUUCCAAACGGUACCUUCCAAUUGGUCGGGACAUCAUCAUCUAAUGGGACAAUAAAUGCAAUAUGUAUACUACCUCGGUCUAAUGAUGAAAUGGACGUAUAUAUUGGUGGUAAUUUUAAUUCAAUUGGAGGUAUAACAGUUAAUAAUAUAGCUCGUUAUGACCCAUCUGCAAAGACAUUUUCACCUCUAAUAGAAGGAUUAGAUGGUCCAGUAUAUUCAUUGUAUUGUGAUACCAUCAAUUCUAUUGUAUAUGUUGGAGGAAUGUUUUCUGCUCCAAUUAAAACAACAAAUAAUAUAGAUCCCGCGGAUUUUGUUGGUAAUGUAGCUAUAUGGAGAGAUAAUGCGUGGGUUGCGCUACCUUUCAAAGGAUUUAAUGGACCAGUGUACACCAUUGCAUAUAAUGAACCUAAUAAUACUAUAUAUUUUGGGGGACAGUUCGAUGCAACUGGGGAUGGAACAUUUGGUGAUAUAUCAAAUAUUCAACCAAUAAACAUUCAAAAUUCUACGAUAACUGGAGGUAAUUCAGCUGUUAGGGAAGAGUUUGGAGAUCCAACCGUUAUUACAUGCAGUGCAGAACCUGAUGGACCUGGAACAACUUGGUUGAUGAGAGAUAACAUUCCGGGUUUUUGGAGAGCAGAAUUUAGCGUUAAAGUAACUCCAAGCAUGAUCGGAAUUAAAAAUACAAAUGUUGAGGGGAGGGGAACAAAAGCAUUUAGGUUAAUCGCCACAGCUGAUAUGAGCGUAAUCACACUAUCUUAUAUGGAUCCCAUAGCCGGCCUUACACAAUGCUCAGAUUCUUGUCCUCUUAGUUCUGAUAAUGUUGAAUUUCAAAUGUUCUCAUUCGUUAGUCAACUUGAAAUAAUAGGAAUUCAAGUGGACAUUUUGGAAUGGUACGGACUCGGUGGUGGAUUUCAUGGCAUUCAACUUUUCCAAUCUGAUAUUGUUGUACGUGCUGCGAAUGAUAAUAAUCCCUCUUGCGCAGUAAAUCAAUUUCAACCAAAAGUAACUGUUGAAGGUGCAUGGGCGUCUACAUUAAUAUCUGGAACUUGGAAAAGUGUAUUGCAGACAACUGGAGAACUCUCUACGGCAAAAGUUAUUUUACAACCAUAUAUUCCGCAAGCUGGAUAUUACAAUGUUACUAUGUCUACACCAAGUUGCAUUCCAAUUGAUUGCUCAAAAACAACUUCCGUUGAUGUUAUAAUUAAUGCUGCUCCCGGACAAACAUUUGGACCUAUAACAAUUUCCCAAAAUAAUCCUACCUUGAAUGAUAGAAUAGAUGGACUUUUCAAUGUAUUUAUUUCUGCUACUACAACUUUUUUUAAACCCACUGUGGAAAUUACAAUAUCAGCUACCGUAACAGCACCUGUUGGAGCUUUUAUUACAGUUGAUAGUGUCAAAUUUGAAAAAGUAUAUCGUGGUACGCCUUUAAGAGGUUUAUUUCAAUAUUGGCCCCCCUCAAACUUGAACCCUCAGCCUGCGUGGAACGGGUUUAAUGGUAUAUUAGCUCCACUUUCGAUUGUGCAUACGAUCAAAGUCUUAUCACAAUCGUUAAUUGUAAUUGGUGGUAAAUUUAAUAAUGUCACAUUCUUUAACAUUGUAAAAUAUGAUGGUACAUCAUUUAUACCAUUCCCUAAAGGAGGUCUUAAUGGCCGAGUUAAUACUUUGGAAAAAGUUGAUGAUGAUUUAUUUAUUGGAGGUUUAUUUAAUAACAAUGUAUUAGAAUCUGCAACGAGAAGAUUAAAUAAUAUCGCUAAAUUAAGUCUUACAGAUGAACAAUGGUCACCAGUCUCUGGUGGUGUAAAUGAUGAAGUAAAUAAAAUAAGUUUACUGAAUAAUCAACAAAUUCACGUAGCGGGUAAAUUUAACACAAUUAUAACUCCACAAGCUAAUGCGGAGGGCAAAAUAUUUGGUAAUGUAACAUCUGGUUAUGUGAUCUGGGAUAAUGGAUUCCCCAAAUGGACAACUUCCGGUUUUGUAGAUGGUAAAAUUAGCGAUAUCGCAUCUCAUUCAGUUUCUGGAGAACAAACACCCUUAACUUUUUAUGCUGGAAGAAUUUUAUCUGCUCAAUCUACAACUGCAUUUGGAGGUAGUUUACUUACAAGUUCUGGAGUUUCCGCACUUCCAUUAUAUCCACAAGCUUCAAAUGGAAACAUUUUCGAGACCAUCAUUAACGCUGUUUUAAUAUGGAAAGAUAAUGUAAUAAUUGGUGGUAAAUUCACAUUUGAUGAUAAUAAUAUUACGAAUGUUGCCAUUUUGAGAGAUGGUUUAAUGAAUAACCUUGGAAAUGAUGUCAUUCUUGGAGAAGUCAAAAACCUUCUUGUGGUUGAUGAUUUACUAUACAUCGGAAGUGCAUCCACAGCCGAAGAAAAUAAAAAUUCAUUUCUUAUUUAUAAUUUGAAUGACCGUAUAGUGAAUGUUUCACCUCAAUUAACCGCUAAUGAUAAUAACGUUAGGGUUAAUGCUAUAAAAAAUCGUGCGGGAACUUCUGAUAUCCUUGUAGGUGGCAAAUUUGAUAAAGCUGGUUCACUUGAAUGUAAGAAUAUUUGUAUUUGGGAUUCAAAUCUCAAACAAUGGAAAUCUCUUGGUGUAAAUGAUAAUCUUUCCGGUGAAAUAUAUGCUAUGGAUUUAAUUGGGAAAAAAAGAGAUAGGUUGGUCGUUUCCGGAAAUUUAACCUUAAAUGGAAAUCUCGCUUAUUUACUUAAAUAUGAUUUUGGCAAGUCAAAUUGGGAGGAUAUGAGAGGAGUUGGAGAUGGUAAACUUCCGGGGCCUGCUGUUGUAGUCUUUAAUGAUUUCAUGAUAGAUGAUCAAUUUUUCGUCUCAGGGUACGCUGAAGACAGCUCGGCAUAUUUACGUAAAUGGACUGGUAAUAAUUUUAGGAAUAUAGGCGAAAAAAUUUUGCCAGGUUCUAAAAUAGAAGCUUUAAGUUUACUUCCUUCAAAUGGCGAACACGAUAGUGUUGAUUAUUUGGGAGAUGAUUGGUUGCUUCUUGUUUCUGGUUCAUUAAAAUUAGAUCCAAUUGGAGAUGUUAGUGCAGCAUUAUAUGAUGGAAAAAAUAUGUAUCCUUAUAUUAUUUCUUCACAAAUGAAUGGAGUUCCAGGACGUAUUUUUGCUAUAUUCACAAAUAUAGGGUCUGAUUUAUUGCUCGGAAAAAAACAUUUGCCAAUACCAGUAGUUAUUGCAAUUUCAACGGUUAUUGCACUGUCCUUUGUAUUUUUGAUAUUUGCUUCUGGAAUGUCAUAUAGAUAUUUCAAACGAAAACGUCAAGCAAAAGAACUUGCCUCAAUAGGACCGCGAGAGUCCAUAAAAACGCCUUUCCGUAAUAGUGAAUUAAUGGCCACUAUUAAUGCUGCCGCGGCCUUAAUCGGACAACAGAACAAUAGUCGUUAUUCUAUGACCUCUAGCAAUAAUUUAAGAAAUUCUGCGUUUGGAUCUAAUGUUGAUGUAAAAUCAUUAGAUGAAGCUGCGGCAUCUGGACUCAUUGGUUCUGGAGCUAUCGGAGCAGCAGCAGGAGGACAAAAUCAUAAUCAAACUUCAACGUUACAAAAUAAUACACCUACUUCAGUAGGAGGCGAACGAAAUUUAGAAUCAAAAGAACCACCUCAAUCCCCAACAAAACAUCAAUCUCUUAUCGUUACUCCAGCAGACGCUUCUACAGGUCAAGUGUGGUUGAAUGGAGAACAAGCAUACGCAUACCGUGCAAGAUAUCCGUUUAUUGCAAGGGAAGAAGGCGAAUUAGGUAAAAAAUUUUUCCCCCUUCUGUUUAUUUUUUGAGUUAAUAAUAACAUUUUUAAUCCCUUUUUUAGGAACAACUGAUGAAUUUAUUCGAGGUGUAUUCCCAAGUAAUUAUGUAGUGGACCAAUUGAAUUCAGAAGAAAUGCCAUCAUCUGUAUCAUGAUGUUUGGUUUUUGUUUAAAAACAAAAAAAAACAUUUUUUUUUUUGCUUAUUUUGCUUAUUUUUAUACUUCCUUUUAAAAAUUUAUUCCUAUUUAACUUAAUUUUUUUACUUUCCAACACCAUCAAUUCCGUUUUCUUUGAACCUUAUAAUUCCUUCUUACCGAUUACAUAUACACAUAUAUUUAACCUUUUCAUUAUUCACGUAAUUAGAGAUGGGUUAUUUAAUAUUUUCUUUCUCACAAAACUUGUAAAGAUUUUUUUUAUUAGAAUUUUUCUUUUAAAAUGUACUCUAUGAAUUAAUAACUUGGAAAUUAGAAAAGUUAGAAAGAGUUAGAGUGAAAAUUUGAUUUUGCAAUAAACAAAUUCAUGUAAUA